AUGGGAUCUGGCGGCAGCAAGGCCGUCGCCGCCGCCACCGCCGCCGCUGAUGAUGGUGGCGCCUCUCUCGCAGCGGGUGGUCGUGUUGAUGGGUGGGAGAGGAAAGGGAAAUGGCGAAGGUCCAGGGUGCAGGGAUGGCGGUGCCUCUGCCUGUCGUCCUCAGCCGCCUCCGAUGAAGAGAAGGUCGUCUCUCUCUCUCUCUCUCGCUCUCUUAAUGAUGGGGAGUUCCGCUGGCCUCCCCGUUGUUGCGGUUCGUCAAACGUGGAUUGUCUACGUCUGGCGACUGGGACGGCGGAGCGAAGCCCGUGAACUGCCAUUAUUGAUCAGAUUUCGAGUUUUUUCGUGCUCGUUCGGGGUGGCAUUUACGCACUCUCGCUUUUAAUUUCCUCUUUUGCCUGAUGAUUGGAUGGGAGAAUGAUCAACGGAACCCAGUCACAUGGCCUGCCGCUGUAGUGAUGCAACCUCUCUUCUUUUCCUCGUUGGAUUGAUCCGGGAAAGUAGUUUUCGAUUCGGCAUUUUCUUCUUUAGAUGAUAAGCAGCAGAGUUGCGUUCCUUGUGAUUUCUGCGUCCUAGUGAUUGAAGUUUGCACCGGCUGACAGUCUCAAUCAGAUUUUAGGGAAUCCGGAGUGGCGCUCUUGGCCUUUUCUUUCUUUCUUUCUUUGCGGCGGCGGUCUUUUAAACAAUCUGACUUGCAUUCUUCGUCGUUCCGUGACAGGAGAAUAAAGGAGGGAGGCUCAAAAACGCCGUGUGUGCGGAGGAAGAUGUAGUGAACUCCGACCGAGAAAGACGAGCAGAAUGUAUGCAGUUUAUGUUCCCUUGUGGCCCAGGUCGAGGGGCCAGCUCCACCACCUCUUCUGAUUCCGAGCAGAGGGAAGACCACCUUGAGAGUGGGUCCUACGCCGACUCAGAUACCAGCGAUGAUGUAUCCACCCAAGCUACAGCAGCCAUUACCCGGUCCUCGGACCCUUUGAACCGCUCUUGCUCUCGUCUUUGCUUCAUUCCUGAUAGGAUUGUUUCCAGGCUCAGCCGCGCCGCCAGUGUGGGUUCAUCAGGUGCUCGUUCAGCCGCAUCCGCUGGUUUUCCAACAAUCGAGAACUCUGGUUUCGGUGGUGAUGUUGUGAAUAGGGAUUUGGAUGACUCAUCAAAUAGCAGGAGUGGGAAUCGCGGCGGUUGCAUUUCUGUGAAUACUGUCUCUACACAAGGUAUGAUCAGAGGGAAUCUAGAUACAGAGGGGGCUGGUGCUCUACAUCCUCAAUGGAAUAAUGUGCAAGCUGAGAAUUUGGAAAGGCGUCCCAGUAGGAGGCAUGGGUUUCAAGAUCCUUUAGAAGGUAGCGUGCGGUUCAGUAGGACACUCAGUGUUGGACGGCUCCGGGAUAGAGUUCUUCGCAGAUCAUCAUUCUCUGAUGGCUUGUUUGGUGCUGAAGACGGGCUGGUGGGGUCUCAUGGUGCCGGAACUGGGAGAAGAGCUCUGCAUCGAGCCAUGAGAGGGGCAUUAUCGGACAGGAACGCCACCAUGAUUACUUCUUCAUCUGGUGGCUUGCCUGGUGCGAUAGACAACAACCAUGGUUAUGAUUCAGGGAAUCAACAGAUGAGAGAAGCUCUUGUUGGGGAUACAUUGGAGCACCGAUCUACAUUCCUCGAAAGGAGGAGGAGGAUAAGAUCUCAGGUCUGUAAAACCCGUGAGAUUUCUGUGUUCUUCUUCAUUGAUGUGUUGUUCACAGGUGCUCACACACGCCGCCUUUCACAGGUCUGGGCUCUUCAGCGGCUGGGCAGCCGAGUUGAGAGUCUCCCCGGACAUGACAGGUCCUGCUUGUUAUCUGGUCAACACAGGACAGGUCAUUGCACAUGCGGGACAAGUAGACCUUCAAACACAGUUGACGACACAAACCCGAGAUCUAGCAUUUCACGGAUUGUCAUGCUGGCAGAAGCUCUGUUUGAGGUGGGAUCAACUGGUUUCUCCUCAGAUGUAUGUUCAUGCUUCCGUUUGUCUUGCCUUGCUAAAUCGAAAUGGAUUGCUGGUUGGUGGUGUUUUCUAAUUAGGUUUUGGAUGAGAUUCACCAGCAAGCCGUCGUUCUGGCCUCAAGACCAUCCGUGUCAUCUAUUGGAUCUGUUCCUGCUCCAAAGGAAAUUGUGGAGCACAUGCCUUUGAGGAUAUAUGAAAAGUCACGCGCCUAUCAAAACCAGAAUGAGGACGCCUCACAGUUAAUAUCUCUCCCAACCUCUCUUCUUUCCAGUCACAGUUGCUAUUCUUUUCUUCCAGUCAUUUGCUUUUCUUCUGAAGAUUUUGGGUAAUUCCUUUAAAAAAAGAUUAAGUCUUGCUUCUGCUUUCUCAGACUGGUUUCUAUCUUCUGUUACAGCUUCUUGCUAAAUGCGACGAAAAAUUAUGCACACCAUGUGAAAGUUUAAAAUAACUGUUGAUGCAAUCCAGAGAUCCCGGCCUUUGUAGCCCACUACUCAAAAAAAUAAAAUAAAAACUCAAUCUAUGGAUAUAUAUAUAUAUAUAUAUAUAUUAUAUGUGUGUGUGUAUAGUUAUUAUUCCUUGAGAUUGAAGCAUACACUAGUAAUUUUUUUUAACCAUAACCAGGCCUUCACCGCAUUAAUUGAUAUAUAUGGUUGAUUUGGUUGGUGGUCCUCGGAACUUCUCAGAUUAUGAGAGAAACAUGACCGCCUGGAAGCCCAGUUCCUUGCAUCAGCCGCGCAUGCUUCAUUCAUGUUCAUUCAUGGGCUUUCCUGCUUAAAACAUGCUUUUUUUCUGGUUUCCGUAUUGCUUGCUUCCUUCCCUCUUCCCUUUUCUCCCGAUGCAAGAACGACGGUGAGUUGGAUUGCUGCUGCUGCUGUUUUUCCUAUCAUUUUCCUGUAUCGCAAUGUUUCUAUCGAUCUAGAUUUAUUGCAUCCCGGGGAGCUUUUUUCUGAGCGGCCGGAUUCGAUCAUCGUUUUGCUCGACUGGCAGAUGCUGCCACAUCUGCCUGGUGGAGUACGAGGAGGGAGACUGCGUGAGAGUGCUCCCCUGCGGUCAUGAAUUCCACCAGGCCUGCGUCGACAAGUGGCUCAAGGAGAUACACAGGUCUUUCCCAUUCCCUCUCUCUCUCUCCCUCCCUCCCUCUCUGCUUCCUCCCCCCCCUCUUCUUUCCCUUCUUCAUGGCAUCUACUCACGGUUUCCUCUCUCUCACUCUCUGUUUCUCUCUCUGAUGGCUGGCAGGGUCUGCCCUCUCUGCCGCGGCGACGUGUGCAUAUCCGAGGUGACCCCGCCGGAGAAGCGCGGCCAGAGCUUGUGA